AUGUCCGAACCACUCGCUUCCGAACCGACAUGGUCUUUCGAUAACGCCCGCACGCCUUCUAGGGAGACUACCCCUCAACCGAUACCGUCGGAUCCAACCUCGUCUUUUGGCGAUGAGCCUGCGCAUGGUGGUAGUGCGCAAGCCGCCGAGGAGGAGUCUUCGCGGACCCACAGACGCUACCAGCCUCGGACCUGCAGGAUCUGCCUAGACGAGGUCGAGCCAACGUUUGAGACUCCAAACCUGUUUGGAGGGAAGCCGCGUGUGAGAUAUGUCUCAGAGGACCCUGAGCUGGGCAGGCUCAUGCUCAUCAUGGUUCUGGCCUUGUUUAUCUUAGGCUUCGUCGCCGAUCCUAUCAUCAACAUCUGGGUAGACCCUGCUGGGGCUGUUUCGGACGUCAUGAGAGGAGGGCUUGAUGGAUUCGAAGAAAUACUAGAAUACAUUCCCGACGAAGAAGCAAACACCUGGUUCAUGCACUUCUCGAAGGGCCUUGUAUCCCUGGGACUUGUGGGCCUCGUCAAGGUGUUUCUCGGGUUCGGCCCUUUGCACUGGAUAAAUCUCAGAGGCGGUGGCGGCAGACGAGGAAGAGGCAGGGACAGGCUCGAGAAUGUCAGUUGGGUUCUGGUCUUCAUCGGAGUUGCCACAUUCAUAGGGGCUGUUUGGAAAGGCGUCAGUGCGGCGUGUGCGCGAUACCUCAGCCAAGUCAGCGAUGAUAUCAUUGACGUUCCUGGAGAUGACGACAACGAAGAUGAGGACCAAGAACCGCAGGCAGAGUCCAAGAAGGACCAGUGA